AUGAGAAUAAAGCCCACUCUGGCCUUCUUGGUCCUUUACACGAGCUGUUGCGUCAACCUGCACGGAGUUUCCGCCUCAAGGCGUCCGAAAAUCGUGAGUUUUACUUUUGAUCAUGGUGAAGAUAAAGUUCCCUUCUAAAUCAACGUUUUCGCCGAUUUGGAUGAUAAAUUUGCCUUUAGAUUAUUGACGAAAGUCAACUGGAUGUGAAUCGAAGCAUUGUAGUGGGUGGAGAAAGGAUUUUCGUUCCAAAACACCUUCCCAAACUGAGCAGAGCCGAGAAAUACGCGCUGUUGCGCAAAGAAGGCAUUGAUCCGUUCGCCAGGAAGCGGCGGACAGGUAGGAAUUGAUUUGACUAGUUUGUUUGAACUCUUAUUUGGCUUGUGAUAAUCGUUUGACACGAAGACUCGGCUUAUUUUUCUUCUUUCAGUGAAAAAGAAUCGUCGAUCCCUCCUCGAACUGAAUGCUUUGUCCGAGACACCCUGGAAAAUCCAGAACACGGCCUCCAAAGGCGUUGAUCUUCUUCCACUAAAAACGCCGCUCCUCUCGGCUGACCCUCACAACUGUCCGGAGCACUUCGACGCCAUCACCGAAGGCCACAACCACCGGACCUACAUCUUUGCCGGCGAAUACGUCUAUCAGAUCUGGCGAGAGGACGGCCUUCAACAAAGAGCCGGCUACAAGAUCAGCGACCUGUUUCUGGACGGUCCAAGACGUGUGACGGCGGCCAUGACCAACCUGAAGAGUGGGGUUACUGUGCUGUUUGAUUAUAGGAAGGUUUAUCGGUUCAGAUGGUCCGAAAAGGUCAAGAGAUUCAGAGUAAGUCAAGGACGAUAACCUUGUAGAUUUCUGUGGGUCCAGAAAAUGUGUCAUGAUGACAAUCGUUUAAAAUGUGCCAGUGAUAUGAGUACCCCUAGGGUACUCACAACAAAAACUUGGGUUCCCAACUUUUGCAACGCACAAUUUUGAUGACACUUUUUCUGGAUUUUUUCAACGGCGAGAAACUUUAAGGCUUUUCAACGCCCGAAAUUUCUUCACAUGCUCUAGAGAGUACUCCUAGCCAUAUACAGCCGUUUUUUAAUACCACUGGCACAUUUCAAACGGGUUUCAUCAUGACAUAUUUUCUGGAAACACAUAGAUUUGUAUAAAUUUCGUUCAUUUGCCAACGUCAACCUUUCAGCCAGCCAGAAACAGUCCGCAGAACCUGAACGAGAAGAUCAAAUUUGUCCCGCGACUCGCCUUCCAAUGGAAAGAUGGGAACAUUAUCAUCUCGGAUGUAGGUCAUGGAUAAUAUAACUUUUUGUCACAAUCAACCAGGAAUCUUUAUGAUUUUUAUGUGUUCAGGGCCAACGAUUCGUAACCUAUGAUCCUUACUGGAAUGUAGCCACGUUCGAAGGCAACAUCACCGAUUAUUUCCCCAACAUUCCACGAGACGCGAUUGGUCUGGCACACAACGGAAGGUCAACAUUUUUGCUGCUCACUUGGCACAAUGGACUUCAAGUGAGUCGUAGUUGCAAAUAAGGAGGCGAUUAGUCACUUUUGUUUGGGGAAAAUUGUUGAAAAUUAGGGGAAUUUCAAAACUUUGCCUAGUGCACGCCGAACCGAAAUGGUUGAUAGAAAUGGAAAACUAGUUUUUGAGUCUUGGCACGAAAACAAAAGAAUUUUUUAAAUUAUUUUUUGAGGUGGGCUUUUGGCACUUUUGGCAUUCCGAUUUUUGAUGUAUAUAUACGGUAUCUUACACCGAAUCGACUAACUGUUGACGUAAACGUGAUGCUGAGAUAAUUUGGAAUCGUUUGAUAUAAAUUUCGGUCCUAUUAUACAACGUAAAUGGUAAUUUGUUGUUUUAGUGGUGCACAAUGUCGGAAUGCGCAUUCUUGAACUCCGAAUACGGCUUUAGGGUGUUGCAUAACAACAUACUGGCAUAAUAAUAACAUAUAAUUGUCCCUUCCUCCAAUUAUGGACAAUUUCAACUAAUAUUACACUAGGCACCGAAAGAAAGCUAGUAAAUAUUGCUAAAAAUAUUCUAAUCCAUCUAACACAACGUUACAUAACCUAUGAACGAUGUUAUGUCGCAAUAGUUCCAUGUCCCAACGUAAAAUCAGUAAAAUCGAAACGUUUUUAUUAAAUUGUUACCUAAAUUAAUAUAAAAGUUUGGUGUAGGCAGAAGAGAAACAAUAUAUGAGCUGAUUCCGUCGAGAAUACUAAAAUACGCUCAGAAAAGUCGCAUCCAACCCAAAUUGAUGUAUUAUGGACUCCAAAUGUGACAAAUAUUGUCAAAAUAGAUCAAAUCCCUUAAAAUUUUAGCUAAAAAAGAAGUUUUCAGAAUGGAGAAAAUAGAUUGAGCAGCGAAAAUUUGAUGAGACCUACAGAAAGGUCUCAUAAACAAAAUUGUCUAGGCUUUUCCCCAAAUUUGGACUAAAAUCCGGUUUCCGAGUCGAUUCUUCAUCGGAUGGUCGACACCUAAAUUUCGAAAGAACGAAAAAAAAACCUAAAAAACACUUACAUAUAUCCAAGAGAUGCCUUUCAUCACCUAAAGCAACCUAUUCUCCAACUUCUGAAGCCAUCCCCUUAUUUUUACACCUUCUGCAAAAACGGUCACACUCGUUUCUGAAAAUUAAUUUUACAUCUGUCUACAAAGUUUUGCCUGUUGCAGAAUGCCAACCAUUUCUAUCAACCAAAAAAAGCCUAUCUCGGUUCGGCGUGCUAGUGUAAUAUCGGAAAAUCUGAUAAUUCCCCUACUUUUGACCAUACAGAGUCUCAAAAAGUCCAUUGCAGAUCUACGACAUGAAAAAGUUCAAGAUUGUCCAAGAAUAUCCCAUCUCCAUCAACGAUUAUGUCGCCUGUCUCGUGGAAUUCAACAAGUUCAACUCCCCAUUGCUCAAGAACGUCCUUCCAAGAUUCGGCAGCCCGGCUUUCAAGCGUGUCUAA